AUGGCGAUACCGAUCUUUGGUAAAGUGGUGAUGUUGGCCAUCACGCUCGGUGUGAUUGCCGGUUUGACAGCGGUGAUUAUUUUGGUGGUGAACGAUUCUGCGGAGAAGGAUGAUGUAUCCACUACUACAUCUACCACAGAACCACCAAGGGACCCAGAUACCUUGUACGACGUCGGAGUUGGAAUAGCUGAUAUGACAGGACCAUGUGUACAAAUUAAUUUCAUGGGUUACGCAGACAUAGGUCAAUCUGGUCGCGGUAUCCACACGCGCCAGUUCUCUCGUGCAUUUAUUUUUGUUCAAGGAGAUACCAGGAUUGUUCUGGUGACAGCAGAUGUCCUGGCAAUCGGGAUUGGCGUAAGAAGAGAGGUGGUGAAUAAACUUCAAGAGAUUUACGGAGACAUGUACACGCUACGUAACGUAAUACUUACAGCGACACAUACACACAGCGGACCUGGCGGCCAUCUUGUAGAUUUUAUAUUAGACGUUUCCAUACUGGGAUUUUCAAAGGAGACAUUGGACGCUUAUGUCGAGGGAAUUACUAGGAGUAUUAUACGCGCUCAUGAGAACAUAGUUCCCGCUCGUUUGUUCUACGGCAGCGCCAGUGUAUUAAAUGCACAGUUGAAUAGAUCGCCUUUCUCCUACAAUCAAAAUCCUGAAGAGGAAAGAAACAGAUACGACACCAAUACAGACACAGACUUAUCCGUAGUUCGUAUAGAGAAAGCCGAUGGCAGUCUCCAUGGCGUGAUGAGCUGGUUUGGAGUACACACAACUAGUAUGAAUAUGAGCAAUCAUCUCGUAUCUUCGGAUAAUCUGGGAUAUGCAGCAAUGAAGCUGGAGGAAACUCUUAAUCCUGGAAGUCAGAUUGGGAAGCCAUCGAUAGUAGCCGGUUUCUUUGCUGCAAGUCAAGGUGAUGUGUCUCCAAAUACACGAGGUGCACGCUGUGAAUUUAGCGGAGAUUCUUGUGACAACCAGUUCGAGUUGUGCGCACAGUGGGAACUUUGUUUCUCAGUGGGACCUGGAGAUGAUAUGUUUGAGAGUACCAGGAUCAUUGGGACUUGGGUGUAUGAAGGUGCCCUGGGUGUUCUGAACAGUCCUGGUGAAGAGUUGCGAGGAGAACUAGCUGUUGUUCAUCAAUUUGUGGAGAUGCCAUCAGAGACCGUUGCUAAGUACAAUCCAGUCUCAAGGACUUUUAAUACUUCUAACCCAGUGAGCGGUUGCGUUCCAGGCCUCGGCUACAGUUUCGCUUCAGGGACUAUAGAUGGCGCUAAUCUACUUAAUAUCACACAGGGUACAUUAAAUAAUAAUCCAUUAUUAGAUGAAAUAAGCGGUGUAAUAGCAAAACCGACUGUUGAAGACAUUGAAUGUCACGCGCCAAAACCUAUUCUUCUUGCCACUGGUAGGGCAAACUUCCCAUUUCCCUGGCACUCUAGCGUGGUGUCAGUCUCCCUAAUUUGGCUCGCUGGCUUAGCAAUAGCUGGUGUCCCAGGUGAGCCCACGACAAUGGCAGGCAGGCGGAUAAAGGAUGUCGUCAGUUCGAUUCUGGAGGAAAAAAAUUUGGAACCAAGAGUUGUUGUAUCUUCGCUCUGUAAUGAAUAUAUACAUUAUAUUACUACGUUUGAGGAGUAUCAGGUGCAAAGAUACGAAGCAGCAUCAGUCAUUUAUGGACCGAACACUUUGGAUAUAUUCCUUAACAGAUUUAGGGAGUUUACUAAUGUGGCGUUAGAGGGUGGCAAUAUCCCAGCGGGCCCAACGCCCAUAGACUAUCGUAACAGCACAAUUAGCCUCGUCCCAUCCGUGAUCUUAGAUGUAGCACCAAUGGGUCGCAACUUUGGAGAUGUAUUGGAGGAACCACAGUCGGCAAGACCUGGGGAUACUGUUAAAGCUACCUUUAUUGCAGCAAACCCGCGAAACAAUUUACGUCAGGAGUCAACUCAUGCCACAGUUGAGAGACUGGAACUGGGUAGAUGGCUGGUCGUGGCUACUGAUGCUGACUGGAGUACCAAAUUCACAUGGCAGCAAGAGUCCAUCUUAGGAACAAGUACCGCAACCUUUGAGUGGACAAUUCCUGCCGACACUCCGAUCCUUCAGGUCCCAUACCGCAUCGUGUACUAUGGGACUGCAAGGGGAGCUCAGGGGGAGUUUUCGAAACUUUGA